CGAUUCAGAUAAAUUUAGGAUACAGAUCACUUUUAAGCAUCAUUCAGUAUCCAAACAAUCUUGGAUGGAAGAAAUCGUAGUUAAUAAUUACUUUUGCAAAACAAAAUUAUAGAAAUCAUCCUCUGAAGCGAGUUCAAGAUUCAGUACUUUACGGAAUAAGGGACCACCAUCACGGAGUUUAUCAUGUGUGUUUAACCGGUGACGAUGUAAACAAUGGGUGUAAUUACAUUGAUAUCUGGUGGAAUUUUCUUCAUUUCUUUAAAUGCUCUGGUUAGAAACUGUUUAAAGCAUGUAUUUAACAGUAAACUUUCAGUCACAGACCAGUAUUUUAUCACUGAAAAGUGUGUGAAUGCAAUUCAGGCUAUUUUAGCAACAGUGGUUGGAGUCAUUAUUGCAAAGUCAUGUCAAGAAAAUAUCAUGACUGAUGUGCACUGGCUGACAAACACUUAUGCCUGGUUUGGUCUUUCAUACUUUUUGUAUGACAUUUGGGCCAUGUACAACACUCACUUCUACCUCAAUCUAGAUAUUAUGUUAAAGAUGAACAAUAAGGAAAGAAUUAGUCACUUUGUGAAAUUCAACAAAGCUAUGCUUGUACACCAUGUUAUUCUUCCAUUUAUCUUCUUUCCAAGUAUUUUGUAUUUCCGUAAUAACAAGGGAGACUACUUUGUUGGAGUUCUGUAUACAUGUGAAGCUGCAAUUCCUUUUAUAGCAGUAAGAUUCAUUCUGUCACAGUUGAAGAUUAAAGACAAUAUUAUAUACAUUAUAGCCGGGUUAUUAAUGAUAGUAGUGUUCUUUCUGGUACGGGUCUGCAUCUUUCCAUACCUAUACAUGAGCUAUGCACGAUAUGCGGACAUUCCGUUCUUUCAAGUACCAUCAAGUAUACCUCUGAAAUGCAAUAUAGGAUGUUUACUGAUAUUAGUUUUACAAUUACAUUUCCUGUAUUUAAUGAUAAGGGGUGCAUAUAGGGAAUUUUAUAAAAUGUAUGAAAGACGUAUACACAAGUGUUGAUGUAUUUCAGGUGGCAUUUACAUGUUUUGUUGCAAUAUUUUUUUUUGUGAUAAAU